AUGACGAACGUUUUCACCCGGAAGUACCACCGUCCAAGGACGACUACUCGGGUCGACUUCCGCGAUUUUAAGGGCGUGCGGAGCAGGCCAGAGUUGCGGGUCCUGUCGCCUACGCGCCGAGGGAAUCCACAUCCGGUCGGUCUCAACCAUCAGAAUAUCCCCAGCACCUCGUCAUACCUAAUUUGGAACCCAGAUUUAGACCGGAAGUCACAGCGAUACCCAUCUAUGGUGCACCAUAUAGGUCUUGUGAAUUUUUCCUGCAAGCACCAAGAAAAAUACGACUACGUCAAGAAACCUGGCAUAUUACCAAACAUCCGGUUUACGGAAAAUACGAUUAAGCGCGAGAGUUACGUCGACCCGUCACGCUUCCCUGAGUUGGCGCCACAUUAUAGCGCGACUCGCGUCAGCCACAGGCCAGAUACGAAACCUGUUAGAGGGAUAGUUCCUAAUCUGGUUGUCGCAGAAUACGUUCCAAUUCAGUAUUAG